CAUUAUUUUCUUCUUUCACGUAGUGGCUCACUCACCAUGGAGGUUGCCACAACUGCUUCUAGCUUCGCACUCAACAAGCCAAUUAUGGCAUUGCCGUCGUCGUCUCGAACCGUAACCCCUAUUCGAGCCAUGAGCUCGUCGACCUCCUCCGUCAGGACAUCUCUCUCCACCAAUUUCAUUGCUCCUCGUGCCUUAAUCAGCAGCGCCUCUAGCCAUUUCUCCGGCUUCAAGCUCCGACCUUCCUCCCUCAACCCGGCUUCAUUUGGUGGCUCCAACGCCAAACGAGGCGUUGUCACUAUGGUUAUUCCAUAUUCAAGUGGGAGUGCAUGGGAACAACCUCCACCGGACUUGGCUUCUUACUUGUACAAAAACCGAAUUGUUUAUUUGGGCAUGUCUCUUGUUCCAUCUGUCACUGAGUUGAUUCUAGCAGAAUUUCUUUACCUUCAAUAUGAAGAUGAUGAUAAGCCUAUCUACCUCUACAUAAACUCCACUGGGACAACCAAGGGAGGUGAGAAGUUGGGUUAUGAGACUGAGGCCUUUGCAAUUUAUGAUGUGAUGAGGUAUGUCAAGCCUCCUAUUUUCACUCUUUGUGUUGGUAAUGCUUGGGGAGAAGCAGCAUUGCUUUUGGCUUCAGGUGCAAAGGGAAACCGCUCUGCUUUGCCAUCAUCAACGAUAAUGAUAAGACAGCCAAUUGCAAGGUUUCAAGGUCAAGCAACAGAUGUUAACCUUGCAAGAAGAGAAGUCAAUAAUGUGAAGGCAGAAUUGGUUAAAUUGUAUGCAAAGCAUAUGGAAAAAACACCUGAGCAGAUUGAGAAUGAUAUUCAGCGUCCAAAGUAUUUUAGCCCAAGUGAAGCUGUUGAGUAUGGUAUCAUAGACAAGGUUAUAUACAAUGAUAGGGGGUCUGAGGAUCGUGGAGUUGUUUCUGAUCUUAAAAAGGCACGGCUUAUUUGACAUUUGGGAUUUGAAUUGCAAUUUUCUCAGAGUUCAGGAAUUUGUGUGGACUGGUAUAGUUUUUGUGGAUCCUUAUUCUCUUGCAUAUGAUGCUUUGUACUCUUAAUAAAUUAUUUCUUGUAAUGGAAGUAGAUCAGCUGAAAUGGAAGAAGACGAGCAGUGAAAUUGGGCAACCAUGCCAAGCAAGUAGCGGAUGUUGUAGUAUGAACUGUUAAUACCAUAGGACCAUGUUUCCCUUACCCAACAAUAGGCUGAAGGAUCUACCACUACUUGUUUUCUAAUAUUUUAUACACAUGACUGUAUUCUGGUUCAUUCUAAUUCAAAAUGUUUGUCCGUCAGUACCAGCAGAACGAAACUCGAUUACAGUUAAUGCCAAUGUUUAGCAAUUUUGAAGAA